AUGAAAUCUUUAAGAGUAAUUACUUUGACCGGUAAUCCUGUCUUAAAGAAUAUCAAAAUGUAUCGAAAGACGAUGAUUUUAAAGUGUAAGAAUCUUCAUUAUCUGGACGACAGGCCGGUCUUUCCACGAGAUCGUGCUUGUGCCGAAGCAUGGAUGCGAGGUGGUCCGAAAGAAGAGGCAGCGGAGAGACAACGAUGGAUUGAGGCAGAACAGAAGAAGAUCAACGAUAGUGUUAUGGAGUUGAUAAACAAAAGAAAGCUUCGCAAACCGGUCGGUAGGCCCGAAAGGGAAGCGGAGAUAACUAAUAAGAAGAAAACGAAUCAACAGGACGACGAAGAAGUCGACAGGGAGAAGUCGCCGAUGUGUACGAGCAAGGAACUGCUUAAGCUGGAAGGGAAGAAAAAGUUGAGCGUCUCAUCAUCUUCGUCUUCGUCUUCGUCCUCAUCUUCCCCCACUUAUUCCGAUGCCGAGCUGGAAAACGACGAAGAAAAUAAAAACGGCCGACAAAAAGUAAUCGAGGAAAGUGACGGAAACAGGCCAUUGGCGGAGGAAGAGAAAAAUGCACAACGUAAUCUCAUCGUACCCUGGAAAACUACUCGGAUCAACGACAAAGAUCAGAAUCGAGAAAUGAAUUGUGAGGAGGAAGAAACUUUACGAUCGAAGGAUUACGUUGCCGGUGAUGCUGAGAAAAAAAGAUUAGGCAAACAAGUUUUGAAUGAACGUAAAAGUCUUGAGGAUCCUUUAGGUGGUUACGCUUUGGGUAGAGAGGUCACGGAUUAUGCGAAAAUUAUUCUAAAAACAACGGUGGAUAAAACGAACGAGGAGCAACAGCCUUGUAUAUCCGACAAAAAGGAACCUAAACUCGAUAAUAAUGAAAAUGAAAAUAUUCGAAACACGUUACCUGAUGACGCUGCUGCUUUUAACGCAUCCUACGAUGUUUCAAAAUAUUCCAACGUAGGAAAUUAUCAAAGAAAAAAUAAUAAGAAUCCAUUGACAGAAAAAUUAAGUAGUAUUCGUCAAGGUAUGAAAGAUUUUUGCACUAACGUCGAUAAAUUCGUCGAGGAAAACAAUAUCGUAAUCAAAAAUGGAAACGUCGAAGGUUUUUGGAAAGACGAUAAUAUUAAUAAAAACAACGAUAAUUCAUCCGUAAGUGUACAACAUCAGUCUGAUAACGAGAAUAAUUCUAAUAAAGAAAUAUUCGAAGGAUGUUCUAUCGACGAAAAUAGUAAUACAAAAGUGAAAGAGACGUUAUCGAAUGAAUUAAUUAACUUGAUAGACGAAAAUCGAGAUAUUGUUGAAUUAAAUAUCGAUAAAGAUCGGAAUAAUGAUAAUAAAAAUGAUAAUAAAAAUGAUAAUAAUAAAAAUGAUUCGUCAGGAUCCGAGAGUGUAUAUGAUUUAUUGUCUUUAAAAGUUUCACCUAAAAUCUUAUUAAAUACCGAUACAACGAAAUCGUCCGACGAAAUGAGAGAUGAGAAGAAUAAAAAUACUAAUUGUAUGAAAUUAAUUUCUACGGAAAAUGAUAAAAUUAUUACGAUCGAAGAUAAAGAUUUAACGUUAGAAAAAUCUAACGUUUCUUUGGCCGUAAAAUGUAAGGAACAUUUGAUGAAACAGGCUAAGACAUUUAUACAAAAGAAAUCACCAUUGCUCGAAGAAUGUAUCGAUAAAUUGAUUAACGAUAAUGAACAAGACGAUAAUAAUCGUAAAAAACGUUGGAAUUCUUGGUACAAUGAUUCCCUUUCUAAUCCAAGAUCAGUUUUCACUGAAGCUUUCGAGGAUUUUUAUAAAACAAAAUCUCCGUUUGAUAAAAAUAUUGGCAUGAACGUUGACACGAGAAUACGAUCGCAUUACAGAGAUGUUUCAGGUGAUAUUCCAAAAUCUGAUUUAUGUGCUAUUGCCGAUCUCGUUAAAAGAUCCGAGAACGAUGAAAGAAGGUACGAUCAUGCGAAUCUUUACAAAGAAUUUUGCGAACAUUAUGAGGAAUUGCAAAGUAAACAAAAGUACGCCAUAAUACCGGAUUUUUUAAAGAACGAAAAGAACGAUAAGGAACUCGUACGAUCUGACGAUCGAACUGAUGAAAAUUCGAAUGAUAAAAGGGCAUUGAUCGAAGAUAUUACAGAACAAUCGACGAAUUUAUUCGAGCUCGAGGAUAAAAAGAAUUUUGAAGAAAUGUGAACAAUUUUCGCGGUUUUUUUUUUCUCUAUUUUCUUGUUUCGCUUUGCUUUUUUCUCCUUUUGCUUUAAUCAAUUAAUUCUCUUAUUAAGUUUAAUUUGUGU